CCCUCAAGAAGUCCUUUGCGUUCAUCUAUCUUUUAACCAACCCCUUCUAGUUUUGUGUUCAUCUUUUCUACCGUUUUCCCAACAAAAAAAAGUUAUAUAGCUCUGACACCCAAAAAAGAAGAAGAGUAGAACAAGGAGGAGCAGAUAAUGCUAAAGAGGCAAGAUUCCUUAAUGGCAUCGGCUCGUCGCCAAAAACCACCCCCACCAGAAAAUCACCAUGUUGUUAAGUCUAUUGGAUGCAUGUCAGGCAUCUUUCAGAUUAUCUCCAAAUACCAAAACAAAACCAAACGCCUCACUUCUGGAAGAAAGCAAGGGAAAAGCUACGGUUCAUCACCAAGAAGAGAGUCUUCACCACAAAAAGUAGUAGGGAAACAUGAAAAAGAUCACCUAAAGGUACCAAGAAGUCCCAUAAAAUCACCAGACAUCCGGCGAACGCCGAAUAACUCGCCGGGAAAAGUAAAAAAAGAGCCAGCAUUAGUGGCACGGCUGAUGGGGUUGGAGGAAAUCCCUCCACCAGCUGAUUAUAGGGCCGAGGACGACUCCAAUGAGAUAAAUAGAAGGAAGCUUUUACAAGCCUUGGCGAAGUGCAAUGACGAUUUAGAGUCGAUCAGGAAAAUUAUACAGUCACCAGAAAGGGUUAGCGAAAGUGGUGAUUCAAUGGAGAAGAGACGCCGGCCUGGUCGCGUCUGCGCGUUCGACGAGUUAACUCGGUCACCUUUCGCCAAAGUUAAAGAUAGUGGGCGCAUCAGUACACAACAACGGAAUCCAUUGAGAAGGAUCAAUAAGCUGAAGGCAUAUGAAACUGUUGAUUUUAUCAAGAAAUUUACAAACAACGAGCCAUUUCACAUGAAGACAGCGGCUACAACUUCGCCAAUAUGUUGCAGCAAAGCCAUGAUUCAAAGUGUGGAGGAAGUGUGCAAUGACAUCGCCUGGGGGCAAAAGAGAGAGACAGGAAGAAUAGGGCUUGUCUUACAAGAUCAAAUUUGCAGGGACUUGAUUGAAGAGCUCGUCAAAGAAAUGGAUCAAGUUUUCUUGCGUACUUUACCGUUUAUAGCAUGUAAGAAAAGGCUUUACUUCUAAAAGUUACAAGAGUAGUGUUUUCGUUUUAUUUUUUUUUUAUUAUUUUCGGUUUGAUUAGUUAGUCCUUUUAUGUCAUAUAUAUAUAUAUAUAUAUAUAAAUAUUGAGAUA